AUGAACACUAAGCAGCCCCCCAACAGCUACCAGCAGCCCAUCCAAAUCCACCAGCAGCCCUCCUUCAGCAACCAUCAGCCCUCAUUCAGCAACCAGCAGCCCUCCUUCAGCAACCAGCAGCCCUCCUUCAGCAACCAGCAGCAGCAGCCCUCCUUCAGCAACCAGCAGCCCUCCUUCAGCAACCAGCAGCCCUCCUUCAGCAACCAUGAGCCCUCCUUCAGCAACCAGCAGCCCUCCUUCAGCAACCAGCAGCACCAGCAGCCCUCCUUCAGCAACCAGCAGCCCUCCUUCAGCAACCAGCAGCCCAUCCAAAGCCACCAGCAGCCCUCCUUCACCAACACGCAGUCAAUCCAAAGCCACCAGCAGCCCUCCAACAGCAACCAGCAGCCCAUCCAAAGCAACCAGCAGCCCAUUCACAGCAACCAGGAGCCCAUCCAAAGCCACCAGCAGCCCAUCCAAAGCCACCAGCAGCCCAUCCAAAGCCACCAGCAGUCCAUCCAAAGCCACCAGCAGCCCUCCAACAGCAACCAGCAGCCCAUCCAAAGCAACCAGCAGCCCAUUCGCAGCAACCAGCAGCCCAUUCACAGCAACCAGCAGCCCAUUCACAGCAACCAGCAGCCCAUCCAAAGCAACCAGCAGCCCAUUCACAGCAAACAGCAGCCCAUCCAAAGCCACCAGCAGCCCAUCCAAAGCCACCAGCAGCCCUCCAACAGCAACCAACAGCCCGAGUCAGUUGCUGAAAUCAGCAUUAUUCUGAAUGGCUGUCUCAAAGUUAUCGAGGAGGCAGUGUAG